AUGGAUGAUUUAUGCCAAAGAAUAUUUGAUAUACAGCUAGCACUGGAGAUGGCUGUUAGUGGACCUAUAAAUGCAAAGCAAGUACAAGAACUUUCUGCUCAAAUGUCUCAAAUUGAGCAUGAAUUAGAAUUACAUGAAAGUCAAGUCGACGCGAUGCUUCCAUUAAUCGAAAAGUCAAAAGAUAUCAUUCAAGAAAUUCAACUCGCAAAGCAGGUUUUCGAAAAUGAAAUUCAUCAAUAA